AUGCCAGUGAACGAACCGGAUGCAGAAAUUUUCGAAAGGGAUCAAUCACAGUAUCAGGUUGUUAAUGGCGCAUGUCACGAAGAAAAUGACACAAUGUUAGCAAAGCAGGAAGUAAUCAACGAGAACGGCGAAUCUUGGAUAUCUCCGAAUUCUGCUGGUACUCGGCGGAUUAGUCCAUCAAGAACAAAGGAAUUACCCGAGUUAUCUCGAACGAUAUCGAGGACGGAAGCCGUUAGGCAAGAUGUCAGGAGGUUGAAGAGCGCCACGUUGGACAGAAUGGGGAAGAUGUUUAAAGCGCCUGCUGCAGGAAGGUCUUUUUUAGGUUUGGAUACUAAUAUGACAAAUGUAGAUGACUAUAACGAAAAAACAUCGAGAAAAGAAAAAACAAAUUCUUUGGGAAGGAUGUUUAAGCUUGUCGACAAAGACGGUUUGCCCAGGAAGCUUUUUGUUCAUUCCCGAGCCAUAUCGCUGAGUCGUAUAUUACGUAGGAAUCCUCAUAAUGAGAACAAUGGAAUUACUGAUAAACCUGCGGAGGACACCGGACGUGGAAUUCUCUCCAGAAUGUUCAACCAAUUGAGAGGAAAGUAA